AUGAAGUGCCAGUGGUGCGCUAACGAUGGGAAAACAAAUGUGUUUGCCACUACAGGCUCAAACAAUUAUCAGAAAAGUGCACUCACUCGUCACGAAGUGCAUGUUGACCAUGUCAUGGUAGUGAAUGGUAGGAUGGCCAAGGCCAAGAAACAGACAGUUCAACAUAUCAUUGAAGAACACACAGAGAAAGUAGAUAGUGUAAACUGCGAAUCAAAAACAGCUCAGUUCAGGACCCUGUUUUUUGUUGCAAAUAAUGGAUUACCUCUAGAUGCCCACCAUGGACUUAUCGAGUUGCAGCGAAUCAAUGGAUGUCCUGAUCUUCAAGACAAGUCUGCCAUAUAUACUGGAUCUGGGACUCAGGACGAGAUGCUCGACUACAUUGACCAGCAUGUGCAGUUGGCUGUGUUGGAGGAUGUUAAGUUUAGUGACUUUGUGGGGAUUAUAAUUGAUGAAACCACAGACAUCACAAUUCAUAAGAAACUAAAUGUGUACUUCAAGCGCUUUAAAGCAGGGACAUGUGAGCCUGUCAUUCAUUUCAUGGACUGUGUGUCAAUUGUUGAUGGUAAAGCGGAAACUAUUGUGAGUGAACUUGUGAAACUGUGUAAAAACAUAGGACUUGACAUGGGGACGGUUAUUUCCAUGGCAAGUGAUGGGGCAGCAGUUAUGGCAGGAAGGCUGAAUGGAGUUGGUGUCAAGCUCAGACAACAGUGUAAUCCCCGGUUAGUGCAGAUUCAUUGCGUCGCCCACCGUCUUGCCCUAUGUGCUGGACAGGCCUGUCGAGAUGAAGAUUCAUUCAAUGAGUACAGCAUGACAGUGCAGAAUGUUUACAAGUUCUACCAUAACUCUGCUAUACGCUACAAUCAGUUGCGAGAGAUGGAAACUGUCAUGAAUGGGGACCAAGACACUCGGCAUGUUACACUAAAAGAACCAGCCAGCUUUUGGUGGUUAUCUUUACAGUAUGCAGUAAGAGCCAUCAUGGAUGUCUACCCAGCUCUAGUGACCACCCUUGAAAGCCAGGCAGCAUCUGGGACAGCUGAGGCAAAAGGCAUCCUACUGAAAGUACGACAGGCAUCAUUCCUUCUGAGGACUGCCUUCCUUCUAGAUGUGUUUGAGGUUGUGAACACACUGUGUCGUGCUUUCCAGAAGGACGAACUUGACAUUGAAAUAGUUAAUGUGUCGGUUCAAAGCACUGUUGACACUAAUUGA